AUGGUGAAUUGAACGGUGACAUUCUCAGAAUAUUACAUUUUUAGUAAAGUUGUCUAAAACGUAAAUUUCUGAAAAGAAUUUUGUGUUUAUGUAGAUAAAUUUAAAACAUGAAACCGGUUUUAGAGUACUGUUUAACGCUCUUCCAAAUAUCACUAUUGCUAACUGAACCAGUUAAGAAUUUUUAACUUACAAAAUAUCCACUUGAAGCCGUAGAAGUUCAAGAUAAAACUAUACAAGCUAAAAAGUGUUUCCAGCUUUAUGCCCUAAACCUGUUUUACGCCCUAUUCCCGUUGUGUUCCAGAGGCCUGGCCAGAGAAUCCUCAAAUGGUGCUGUGUUUAUUCGGCUCAUAAGGUUCUAAAGAAGAUUGGAUCCUGCUCCCCAGGUCCACCAGCAAUUGAAGCAUCAACGUAAGAAGUGUUGUGCUGAAAUGUCAUGAAAUGAUUAUAUUGCGAAAAAUUGUAGCGCAUUUCCUGUCCACCAAAUAUGGCGCGUUUUUGUUCACGGAGAAUACCGAACUGACAUUGUCAUUCCAUAUUUUGGAGUCCGGAACCAGCAUGAUUUUUAA